GAAGGGACCCAGGCCUAGAACAACUGCUGACUAAUCGGCUGGCGGCGGGGGUGGUGGUAGGGAGGUGGCACGCCGGCCAGAGGGCCGGGGUCAUGCGUCUAGGUGUACGCUGAAGGGGUUCAGGGUUCCCGGGUCGCGGUCUGGAGAUAAAGUCCCGACUCCCAGCCGCGAUCCCCGCCUGGCCUUCGGGGUGGGGGGCGCGCUCCGCAGUGAGUACCCCGGACGCGUGGCCGGGGCCGACGGGGGAGGGGGCCGAGGCCGGCCGGCUGGGUGGGAAGCCCCGAACGCCGCUCCGGGCCCCGAGACCUGCCCGCACCCGUCCUCCGCCCCAGUAACGGUCGAGGUUGAGAAGGCCCUUUUAAUCUUCCUGUGUCCAAUACCUUUGUUUUUACAGAAGGGGAAACUGAGGCCCAAGGAAUUUGAGUAUCUUUCCAAAAUCACAAAGCUGAUUUCGACCCAAGCAGACCCUGGGACCCCCCACUCUGCCCACCACCCGGAAGAGUCUUCCUUGUCCUUGUCUUCCCAUUCUGUCCUGGCUUCCCAGUAAGAUAGGCAGGGCCUGAUGGUAUAGCCACGGUUUAUAGGUUGAAGAAACUGAGGUCCUGAGGGCUCAGGUCCCAGUUCUGAGUGUCCAUGCCCAAGUCCUUCACCCUUGCUGAAGUACCUUGGGUUCAGGGGAAAUGGUGUGAGGACGCUUGCAGUGGCUGCCUUGGUCCCAGAUGCUGCUUCCAGGCAAGGAUGCCAUCUGCCUACUUUCUUGGAUCUCAGCCCAGCCCCCUAGGUGGGUGCCCAGGCCCAGCAAAGGGCAGGGCUCACCCUCAAAUCCCUCAGCAGGACCAGGAGCCAAGCUAACCUCUUUCUUGCAGUGAAUACACAUCAAGCACCAGCUGUGUGCUGGAAUAACCCUGUGGUACUUGGGGAUGAGUUAAAAGGAGCUAUUACCCCCAGCUGCCUAGGGAGACAGGCCAACCUGUGUUCAUAAGAUAAGAUUCAUGAUGUGGGGGGCCAGAGGAGGAGAAGGAGACAUUUGGGAUGGGCUUCAUAGGGUGAGUAGGAGUUUGCCCAUUGGAGAGACGGAGGAAAGGACAUUUUAGGCAGGGACAGGAGAGCUUUCCUCAUUUUUCCUGCAGGAAACUGGUAGAUACAGAGAAUACCCUUGGCAAGGGACAGAUUAAGCACCUUCAUGUUUCUCUGGUAUCCUGCUUCCUGUCAUGAAUCAGCCCAGUGGGAGUUCUGGGACAAAGAGUCCUGACCAGGGUUGAAAAAAGUUCCAGUGGGGUAUGGGGGACAGGCUCAAGGCAAAUGGGAACACAGAGGAGAAAGAGCCUUACUUUGUGGACAAGAAAUGGCUGUGUUUGAAGGUCAAAGCUGGGAUCAGCAAGGCACUGUUGCCCAGGCUGGUCUUGAACUCCUGGCCUCAAGCAAUCCUCCUACCUUGGCCUCCCAGAGCACUGGGAUUAGAGGUGUUAAUACUGCACCUGGCCAGGAAGAGAUUUUCCUAAUCCCUAUUUUACAGGUGAGGAAGGAGAGGCUCAGAGGUUGGGACAUUUGCCUGGGGACACAUAGCAGAAAGAGCACCUGGCACCAGGACCACCCUCAACCAAGCUAUGUGUGCCCCAGGCCCCCCUGGCCUCCUGUCCCCGGCACUGCCUCUUGCCUCUUCAGCCCUAAUACUGGUGCUGAGCAGCCUGUGGUUGGUGGGGGCUGGCCCCAGCCUCACCCUGGCUCCGGAGCUGCUACUGGACCCCUGGCAGGUGCACCGGCUGCUGACCCAUGCCCUGGGCCACACGGCCCUGCCAAGCCUGCUCCUGAGCCUGCUGCUUCUACCUGCCCUGGGUUGGCAACAGGAGUGCCACCUGGGCACACUGCGGUUCCUGCACUCCUCCGUCCUGCUUGCCCUGGCCACUGGGCUGCUGGCUAUACUGCUGGCAGGCCUUGGGGUGUCCAGCGCAGCUGGUGGCUGUGGAUACAUGCCUGUGCACCUAGCCAUGUUGGCUGGGCAGGGUCACUGCUCUAGACAGCCCCAUGGGCUGCUGCCAUCAUGGCUGCUGCCAUGGCUGCUUCUUGCCCUGACCCCGCUGCUCAGCUCUGAGCCACCCUUCCUGCAGCUUCUUUGUGGUCUCCUUGCUGGCCUGGCCUAUGCCACUGGGGCCUUCCAGUGGCUGGAGCUCUCAGAACAGUGGCUGCAGGCGCUUCAGGAGGGCAUCUUGUGCCGGACCCUGGCAGUGUGCUGGCCACUGAGGCUCUUUCCCACCUUGGGCAGCCUGGCUGAGCUGCCUGUCACUGAUCCUGCCAGAGUGAGGCCACCCAUCCCCAGACCUCCUUAUGUGGCCUCCCCUGGCCUCUGGUCCCAAAGUGAAGGCUUAGCCAUGUUCCCACCGGGCCUGAGACCUGUACAGCCGACCUGGGAGGGCUCCUCAGUGGGCCUGGCCUGGGCUGCAGCGAACUGCUCCCCAGGGACUCCACUGUGGGCAGCCCUGGAAGAACAGAUGCUACAGGAAGGGAUCCAGGCUUCACUCCUUGAUGGGUCAGCCCAGGGCCCACCAUGGCUUCCCAAGUCCUCUGUCUCCUCUCUGCGGCUACAGCAGCUGGAGCGCAUGGGUUUCCCCACGGAGCAGGCAGUGGUGGCACUCGCAGCCACAGGCCGUGUGGAGGGUGCAGUGUCACUGCUGGUUGGGGGGCAGGUGGGCACAGAGGCCCUGGUAACUGAGGGGAAACGUGGGCCUGCCCAUCCUGAGGGCCCUGGGCCCCCAUAGCCCAGGCAGAGGGCAGGAGCACCAGGCCCUUUGGCCUGUGGGUAGGUAGUCUGAGGGCCAUAGGGGUAUGGAGGCACUCUGGGGGCAGGAUUGGUCCCCCAGCAUUGUUGCCCUGGUACUAUUUAGAAUAAAAAUCCAUUUGAUUUUCAA